UUGUUACAGAUUGAAAAAGAGACACUGCAUAUCAGGGAGCGAAUCAACACUAAUGACGUAAUCAUCUAAAGAAAUUGGCAAAAGUACAAAACGUUACCGAUUAGAAACGUUUGAAUAACUUGGGGGAUAUAUCUUUUGUUAUAUUUUGUGACAAUGAUCCUUUAUAUUCCUUAUAUAAAGUACGCAAUGCUCGGCUUAAUGUAUUAACCCGAAGGUCGAGUGGAAAAGGCGUUAGCUUUUUAAUGAACAGGAUCACAUGUUCGAGUCAAGAGGGGGGGGGGGGCAUUUUAUUUGCUUUUUACUUGUUGUAUUACACUGGUUCUCUUCAGUACCGAUUACAUUUAUAAACUAAUAAAAUGAAAACAAUAUGUGACAAAUCAGUUAAAUGACAUGAAUUCAUCUAUUAAAUGACACGAAUUCACACCUAUAGUCGGAAACAUCAUUGCAACGUUUAAUGCACGGAAAUCGAAAGAAGACUUGUUUCGAAUUGAACACGAAAGCAAAUCGAAAGUAGACUUGUUUCCAUUUGAAAACGAAAGUAGGUGGGGCAGAUCGAUUUAUUGUAAACAAAACUUAAGUUAUUAUUUAAUUGAAUAGUCUAUGUUCACUAAACUGUUACGUUAAGUAGAUCGGCGAUUUAAUUUUAAUCAAAAGAAUAUGUGCAUUGCAUUGGAAUAGGUAUAAGAAAACACACUUUGAAGUUUAAGAUUAAUAUAAAAAUCAAAUUGGACAAGAAAUUGAAUAUCUAGAGAAUAAUCUGAAACCAAUACUACUUCUGAAUGGGACUUCAUACAGGACAACAACAAUAAGUAUCUGAUAUGCCUGGACAAUAAAGUAAAUACAGAAGAAAACGUACAGUUCAUAUAACUAAGUGUACACCUCUCUAAAUUUCCAACUACGCAGCUAUGGAUCGUGAAAACGCAAUACAAUUUACUAAUACAUCGGAUGAAUCAACACCACUUUUAAAUGUGCAAUACAAUAUGCCGACAUCAUCGUUCUCAGAAAAUGACGGGAAUACUAUUAUAAGCAUGCCCACAUCCAAAAGUGACGAUGCGAUGGGAAUGCAAGAGAACACAGACCCUGGAUCAGCAAAUGUCAUCAUCGACAAGGAAGAAAAUAAACAACAAGCGGAACACUCCAUUGGCAUCACGAGUGGCGCAUUUUGUGGUUCUCCUAAGGUUCCAGAAGACAAAAUAUGUAUUGAUAAUUAUGAAUGUACACAAAAAAGAGGAAGUAGGGUAGGAGAAAGAGAAGGUGGUGGAAGAGGAGGAGGAAGAGGAAGAAAUAGUUGGCAUGGCGAAGGUCGUCAGGGGCAUAGAUCAAAUUGACCGGGUUCAAGCAUGAGCAGUGCAUUCAGAGAAAAACGGAAAAAGGCUUAUGAAGAUUUUGAAUAUUUCUGGAAUAAAAAGAGCGUGUUUAGUCAGUGGUACCCUUCACAAUUUAGAAUAGAUGGAAUAGACUUCACAUUUACUUGUGCAGAACAAUACAUGAUGUUUAAAAAAGCAGAACUAUUUAGUGACACAGAUGCAAUGGAGAUAAUCCAAGCACUGACAGUUCCCAAAGAAAUGAAGGAUAUUGGGAGGAAAGUCCAAGGUUUAAGCUUUAAGAUAUGGAAAGAAAGAGCGAUUGAUAUAGUGAGGGAAGGAAACAUCGCAAAGUUUUCACAAAAUGAAACACUGAAGGAAAUGCUCGUUAGCACAUAUCCAAAAGAAUUGGUGGAAGCUAGCCCCUAUGACCCUAUCUGGGGCAUAGGCCUCGCUGAGGAUUGGGAACAGGCGUAUUCCAAAGAAACGUGGAGGGGACUGAACCUUCUAGGAUAUAUCCUUACCGAUAUCAGGAAUGAGCUCAUGAAAAAGGAUGGAAUUAUAGAUGAACACGGGGUCAUUCCAGUUGACCUGGAGGCCUUGAAAGCACGCUAUGUUGCAUCGGAGGUCAACGACGAUGCUGAAAUGGAUGCUACAAGUAAAGAAGAACAACUUGCAAUCUUAGAAGGCUUAUGCACACGCAUGGGGCACUCGUUUGGUGGUAACAAUGAUAAAAGAGAGGGAAAGAAACGGAAAAGGCGGCAUACGAUGCGAAGGAAAUGGACAGUGGCGAUAACAAAGGUCGAUUAGAUGUGGUUUAAAUGUAUGAAUUGUGGAACUACAUUUAAUGUCAUUUUUUUAAGAGAUACUCUUAUUUAAAAACUCCAGACAUUAAAAGGGUAAUUACGUAUUUAUAAACUAAAUGAAUGUAAUUGCAGGAAAUUUAGUACUUUAAGGUUCCAGCAAUUAAAUGUAUAAAUCUAGGUGAUUCAAAUUGCUUACACUGAAGAAAACUACAUGUGUGUUUCGACGAAUGAAAAAAAAAACAACCUCAAUGAAAUCGACUGUCGACAACAACGAUAAACGUACUGAUGUCCAAUAACAUUACAUUUAUCAAACUCGGGACAUAAACACUUAACAAACGCGUGUACACAGUCCGUAUCUACAAAGCAACAGAAUGUCGCACAUAACGUCAUGAUAUUACUAAAAUGAAAUAUUCUGUAAAUGCAUGUGUACAUUAAACAUUUAUUUAGGUAGAACAUGAGCAUCUAAAAUUAGACAUAAAAUUACUUCACAGAUUGCAAAAAAACAUGGAUUUAAACAUUGACCUACGAUAAAUAUAUUCAAUUUGAUAUAACUGAUACCACUUAUCUGUAUCUGUAAAUAACCUCAUUUUCAUUGCGGAUUUCCAAACGUGAUCCUCGUACAACGACUGAUAACUCUGAUCCAAAAGUAGAUCACUCUGUGAAGUAAAAGGUUUUUGAUGAUACAGAAAAUAUGUAAUCUUAAGUCUUAAAUUGUGUUCACCUGAUAUCUGAAUUAUUUUUCACGUUAUCUUAUAAACUGGUUUAGGUUAUGAUAUAACAAUAUCACAAACUUAGGAUGGUAUGGCUUUCCUACAAAACUAGGUUUAAAUAUAUUUAGUUAUGAACACAUGUGAUAUCAGCAUUGCACUACGAAAAAUAAAGAACAUUUGCUUGCAAGAAGCUUAGUUUAAAUAGUUUAGGACUAGUUGUAAAAAUAAUUGAUCAUGCUACUGCUCAUUAAACGUACACAUCAGGUGAUCAGCAUUAUCUGAUUAUCUUGUGCAAAUUCAACCCAAACUUUAACUCAGUCUCCAAAUGUUACGUAAACUUUAACCUUUCACCCAAUAUAAAUUGUAAAGGACCACAAUUCUGCUCUUUUUAAAUGGGUUUCGUCACAAAUUAAUGUAAACAAACAAAGGUGAAGUUUUCUAAAUUGCUAUUUAAUUCAUGUAAAAUAAUACAAAAUUCAGAACAACUGAGAAUGUAUACAUCCAAACAUUAAAUGAAGCAAUAAAGAGAGACAACUGUU